UGCUGUCCCUUUCUGGGACUCACAGUCCUUGCAUCUCCCUAAAAAGGUUUUUCACUCUCCAAUCGUUCGAGAAGGGGGCAUCGCUUCUCAAGACAUCCCCAUUAGGACCAGACCAGAGAAGGGGACAGGACAGGGAGAGAGAGACCGCUGGGGGUUUCAAAUUUGACUGCCCAGAAAAUUCAGCUGCACUAAGCGCCCCCCAAAAAAAUACCAUUCCAAUGGCUUUAUAAAGUGCACCAGGGUUCCUGCCCUUUCUCUGUCACUUUAAUUGCAUUCCAAGAUUUGCAUUGGGGACCUCUGAAUCCCUAAGAAUUGGCCCCACACAGCGGAGGUGAUGAACAUGGAUACACAUACAAGGUGGAAAAGAAGGAGUUGGAGAAGAGACUUAUCUUUCCUAAUAGCAUUAAGCUUUAUAUGUUCCCAGUGUCAUGCAGGUGAACCCGCAGACGUUUUGAAGGUUUUAGAUUUUCACAAUUUACCUGACGGAGUCAAAAAGACAACAGGGUUUUGUACGAACAGAAAAUCAUCAAAGGGACCAGAUGUGGCAUAUAGGGUAUCCAAAAAUGCACAGCUCAGCGCUCCUACCAAGCAGUUGUUUCCAGAUGCCCCAUUUCCAGAAGAUUUUUCCAUUUUGUUAACUGUGAAACCCAAAAAGGGAAGCCAAUCAUUUCUGAUGUCCAUUUACAACGAGCAAGGCAUCCAGCAGAUUGGAGUGGAGCUGGGAAGGUCACCUGUGUUCCUCUUCGAAGAUCACUUGGGAAAGCCUGGCCCCGAGGACUACCCUCUCUUCAGCGGCAUUAACCUUUCUGACGGCAAGUGGCAUCGGAUAGGAAUUAGCGUCCACAAGAAACAGGUGACGCUGGUUCUGGAUUGUAAGAAGAAGGUGCAGAAGGCUCUUGACCGCAGCGAGCACUCCAUCAUUGACACUAAUGGCAUCGUUGUCUUUGGGACCAGAAUCUUAGAUGAAGAAGUCUUUGAGGGAGAUAUUCAGCAGCUCUUAAUCGUUUCGGAUCAUCGCGCUGCAUUUGAUUAUUGUGAACACUACAGUCCUGACUGUGACACUGCGGCUCCUGACACCCCCCAAUCUCAGGAUCCCAACCAAGAUGAAUAUUACCCAGAAGCUGCAGAAGGGGAUGAAGGCUACUAUUAUGAAUACCCAUAUUAUGAAGAUGAAGAUAAAGCCGCUACCGUCAAGCCCACCCAAGCACCAGCAGGCGAGGAAGUCGUACGACCACAACCAGACUUUGAAGAGGAAGAGACUCUGGCACCUACUGAAGCCCCCACUAUUGUGGUUACCGAAGCUGCAAUUGUAGAAACCGAUGUGGAUAGCAAAGUGGUGGACCCCACAUCUGAUUAUUAUAACUAUGCCGGGCCGGACUACUACACCCAACAACCCGACGAAGAAACCAUCUAUUCUGAAGGGGAGAUGACCGAUGAAAGAGAGACCAUAGAUGAAGCUGAGGUUGUCACCAGCAUUGUGACGGUGGUCAGCAACUCAAGUGGAACCUCGGGCCGUCAUGGAAGCUCCACUGAUGAAGAGUUCACGGAGGAGGUGAUAGACAACUAUGAGGGCAUUUAUGACUACGAUCCAGAUAUUGUAAUACCUGAACCUGAUAUAAAGGAAUCUCCUGCAAUUACUGAUGUUAACUUAGAGGUGGUAGGAGGUCCAAGAGGCGAGAAGGGACAAAAGGGAGAGCCAGCCAUUAUUGAGCCAGGAAUGCUGAUCGAAGGUCCCCCUGGUCCAGAAGGGCCUGCUGGUUAUCCUGGGCCUCCUGGUACAUCCGGUCCCCCUGGUCCUUCUGGUGACCCCGGUGAAAGGGGACCCCCAGGAAGAUCAGGACUUACAGGUGCUGAUGGUUUACCCGGACCUUCAGGCACUAUGCUCAUGUUACCUUUCCGAUUCUCAGGAGGAGGAGACGGUUCCUCCAAAGGACCUCAACUUUCUGCUCAGGAAUCCCAGGCUCAAGCCAUUCUACAGCAAGCCAGACUGGCCUUAAGGGGUCCAUCUGGUCCAAUGGGACUUACUGGAAGACCUGGUCCAGUGGGCUUACCUGGUCCUUCAGGACUGAAAGGGGAAUCAGGUGACUUAGGGCCACAGGGUCCUCGUGGUACUCAAGGACCUCUCGGCCCAACUGGAAAGCCUGGACGAAGGGGCCGGGCAGGAAGCGAUGGUGCUCGUGGUAUGCCUGGACAGACCGGAACUAAGGGUGACCGAGGAUUUGAUGGAUUAGCUGGUUUACCUGGAGAAAAGGGUCAUCGUGGUGAAUCUGGUCCCCAUGGGCCUCCCGGUGCACCAGGGGAGGAUGGUGAGAGGGGUGAUGAUGGGGAUGUCGGACCUCGGGGAUUGCCAGGUGAACCUGGACCACGUGGUUUACUUGGACCAAAGGGACCUCCUGGCCCCCCUGGACCUCAUGGUGUUACUGGCAUGGACGGUCCAGUUGGACUCAAAGGCAGCGUGGGGCCUCAAGGCGAGCCAGGACCUCCUGGUCAGCAAGGAAACCCAGGUGCACAGGGUCUUCCAGGUCCUCAGGGUGCAAUUGGGCCACCAGGAACGAAGGGGCCGCUGGGAAAACCUGGUUUACCUGGAAUGCCGGGAGCAGAUGGUCCACCUGGUCAUCCAGGUAAAGAAGGCCCCUCAGGAGAGAAAGGAACCCAGGGACCUGCUGGACCUCAAGGGACAAUUGGGUAUCCAGGACCACGUGGUGUCAAGGGAGCUGAUGGAAUCCGGGGUUUGAAGGGAACAAAGGGAGAGAAGGGUGAAGACGGCUUCCCAGGAUUCAAGGGAGACAUGGGACCCAAAGGAGACCGAGGUGAAUUAGGACCUUUUGGUCCCAGAGGUGAAGAUGGUCCAGAAGGUCCAAAGGGAAGAGGUGGUCCAUCUGGAGAGAACGGUCCUCUUGGUCCUGCUGGGGAGAAGGGAAAACUCGGUGUUCCAGGAUUACCAGGCUACCCAGGAAGGCAAGGUCUAAAGGGAUCGAUCGGAUUUCCCGGUUUUCCAGGUGCAAACGGAGAGAAAGGCACAAGAGGAACCCCUGGCAAACCAGGUCCAAGGGGGCAACGAGGUCCAACGGGUCCACGUGGUGAAAGAGGUCCAAGGGGAACAACAGGAAAGCCAGGCCCCAAGGGUAACUCUGGAGGGGAUGGCCCCGCUGGUCCCCCUGGUGAAAGGGGACCACCCGGACCUCAAGGACCCACUGGAUUUCCAGGACCGAAGGGCCCCCCUGGUCCACCAGGGAAAGACGGACUUCCCGGACACCCCGGCCAGAGAGGUGAAACUGGUUUCCAAGGAAAGACGGGUCCCCCGGGUCCUCCCGGUGUUGUGGGUCCCCAGGGUCCGACUGGAGAGACUGGUCCACUGGGUGAGAGAGGCCAUCCAGGACCUCCUGGUCCACCUGGUGAGCAGGGAUUACCCGGUCUGGCUGGAAAAGAAGGAUCAAAGGGAGACCCCGGCCCAGCAGGUCUGCCUGGUAAAGAUGGACCCCCAGGUUUGAGAGGUUUUAGCGGUGAAAGAGGUCUGCCGGGUCCUAUUGGUGCUUCAGGGUUGAAAGGCAAUGAGGGGCCUCCAGGUCCGCCAGGCCCAGCAGGUUCUCCUGGGGAGAGAGGUGCUGCCGGUCCAGCUGGGUCAAUAGGAUUGCCAGGAAGACCAGGUCCUCAAGGACCUCCAGGGCCUGCCGGGGAGAAGGGCGCUCCAGGAGAGAAAGGUCCUCAGGGGCCCGCAGGACGCGAUGGUAUCCAAGGUCCCGUUGGACUCCCAGGCCCUGGCGGACCAGUCGGCCCACCCGGUGAAGAUGGAGAUAAAGGUGAAAUUGGUGAGCCGGGUCAGAAGGGAAACCGAGGAGAAAAGGGAGAACAGGGUCCACCUGGACCAUCAGGACCUCAGGGCCCAAUUGGUCAGCCUGGUCCGUCUGGAGCUGAUGGAGAACCUGGACCUAGGGGGCAACAGGGUCUCUUUGGACAGAAAGGUGAUGAAGGCCCCAGAGGAUUUCCUGGCCCACCCGGUCCUGUGGGAUUGCAGGGUUUGCCCGGACCUCCUGGUGAAAAGGGAGAGACCGGAGACGUUGGUCAGAUGGGCCCACCUGGUCCACCCGGUCCUAGAGGUCCCAAUGGUCCUCCUGGAUCUGACGGUCCACAAGGUCCUAUUGGAGGAAUUGGCAAUCCUGGUCCUGUUGGAGAGAAGGGUGACCCUGGAGAGGCCGGAGAACCUGGACUUCCUGGGGAGCUUGGACCACCAGGCCCUAAAGGUGAAAGAGGAGAAAAAGGAGAAGCAGGUCUUCAAGGUACUGCUGGUCCUCCUGGUCCAAAAGGUCCUCCUGGUGAUGAUGGUCCAAAGGGUAGCCCUGGUCCGGUUGGAUUUCCCGGGGAUCCUGGUCCUCCUGGUGAAUCUGGGCCCACUGGUCAAGAUGGGCCUCCUGGUGAUAAGGGAGAUGAUGGAGAAUCUGGUCAACCGGGAUCACCCGGCCCUACUGGAGAGCCUGGUCCAUCUGGUCCACCAGGAAAGAGGGGUCCUCCUGGUCCAGCUGGUCCUGAAGGCCGACAAGGAGAAAAAGGUGCUAAAGGUGAAACAGGCUUGGAGGGCCCCUCAGGAAAGACAGGUCCUGUUGGUCCUCAAGGUUCUCCUGGAAAACCUGGACCUGAAGGUUUGAGAGGAAUUCCUGGACCUGUGGGAGAGCAAGGUUUUCCAGGUUCAACGGGUCCUGAUGGUCCCCCUGGUCCGAUGGGCCCACCAGGUCUACCAGGAUUGAAAGGAGACUCGGGUAUAAAGGGAGAAAAGGGCCAUCCUGGGUUGAUUGGUCUCAUCGGGCCUCCAGGAGAGCAGGGUGAAAAGGGAGAUCGUGGUCUUCCAGGUUCUCAAGGUGGUCAGGGAUCUAAAGGAGAACAGGGUAUCUUUGGCCCGUCCGGUCCCGUUGGUCCCCCUGGUCCUCCUGGCUUACCGGGUGGACCCGGACCUAAAGGUGCUAAAGGAUCAUCCGGUCCAUCUGGUCCAAAGGGUGAACUUGGUAUUCCUGGCCCACCAGGUCCUCCAGGUCCUCCAGGUGAAGUGAUACAACCUCUGCCAGUUCAGUCCUCAAAGAGAUCCAAGCGUAGCAUCGAUGCCAGCCAGGUGGUGGGCGAGGGGAACGUAGAUAAUAAUUACAUGGACUAUGCUGACGGCAUGGAGGAAAUCUUUGGAUCUCUUAACUCUCUAAAACUGGAAAUUGAACAAAUGAAACACCCAUUGGGCACUAAGGGGAACCCAGCAAGAACCUGCAAAGACUUACAGCUGUGUCACCCCGACUUUGUGGAUGGUGAAUAUUGGAUUGACCCCAACCAGGGAUGCUCUCGAGACUCCUUCAAGGUUUACUGCAAUUUCACGGCGGGAGGAGAGUCCUGCAUAUUCCCCGACAAGAAGUCUGAAGGAAAUAAACUGGCUCGUUGGCCCAAAGAGGUGCCUGGUUCAUGGUAUAGUCAUUACAAGCGGGGUUCUAUGCUUUCCUACGUGGAUGCCGAUGGAAACCCAGUUGGCGUGGUACAGAUGACCUUCCUGAGGCUUCUCAGUGCUGCCGCCAAACAGAACAUCACCUACAACUGCUACCAGUCUGUUGCCUGGCAUGACGCCUCCACCAACAGCCACGACAAGGCGAUCCGCUUCCUGGGCUCUAACGAUGAAGAGAUGUCUCAUGACAACAACCCGUACAUUCAGGCCAUCAUGGAUGGAUGUGCAUCUAAGCAGGGCUACCAGAAGACCAUCCUGGAGCUGAACACUCCCAAAGUGGAGCAGGCCCCCAUCGUGGAUCUAAUGUUCAAUGACUUCGGAGACCCGACACAAAAAUUUGGCUUUGAAGUGGGACCAGUGUGUUUCCUAGGCUAAAAACAAACAAAAAACUAAAAAAAACUCUACAAAAAUAAUAAAAUUUUUAAAAAAUUAAAAAGAUAACUAUACAUAAAUACACUUUUUUGAGAAAAGAGGCCAAUAGCAUAACAGAACGCCAAGUUUCCAUAUGAGCAACCUUGAAACCUCAUCACGGCCUAUAACUCGUCUCACGUGCACGUUCUUCAGCUGGGACAGAGAAGGCCUCGAGCCCCAGUCUGCCCUGGGUCACCGGCCCUAGACAAAGAUAGAAAACCACUCGGUACCCACAGCCUUGGGAUCACAUGACCUAAACAGCAUCACGUGACAAUCAUUAGGCGCUCCAUGUGACCAGACGCUUGAAUAUUCCACAAUGAUGCAGAUUCCGACCAGACGACUCUCCUCGCUUCCUACAGAAAGCAGACAUCACUGGGCACGCCGUGCCCGCCUGUCCCUUUGUAUUAAAGGUGCUUAUAUUUUUGUAUGUAAUUAUUUGUAUUGUAUAUUAUUGUUAUUUUUUUAUUUUUAAGGAAAAAGUUGCCUUACCCUAAGCUUUAAGUCCUGCUUGUGACCUGGUGCAAAGCUGGGUUUCUUAAGGUAAAUUCUGGCAAAGUCGUGGCAAUCUGUGCAUCUUAUAAACCCAGAUUUCAGUCUACAAACGCGUGGUACGCCCCUGUGUUUCUUACCUCCAUUUUCAUUGAAUCGUUGCCGUUUAGGAAAUAACCCGAGGAGACGGUUGCCAGCGAUUUACACUCUAAGCAGUCGGCUUUUGUCUUAAGUAACUGGUCCAAACAAGCGAGUAACCCCAAAACACAGCGACACGCGAGGUCCCACAUUUGUAUAGAACCACGCUUUCAUCAGAAGUAUGGAGAUAUAUUUUUAACUAUUUUUGUAAUUGAUAAAAGACGUACGCCUUUAAGACACGAUCCUACUGUAGAUAACCAUCCGGCUGACCCCAGUCACAGCGUCGGUAUGAUACAUUUGGGGUACCGGCUGACGCUCUUGUACAGUAUUAUCACCGCCUCCUUUUUACCUCCAGGUUGCCUGGUGACGCCUGUAAAAUCUGUCAGAAAUAGGUGCUAUGUUCUUCCUGUGGUGCUAUUUUUUGUUUUCUUCAUGAAUUUGCUGACAGCGCUCCUCGGGGGGCACUCCGCCACUAUUCCUGCACUAAUGCUAGCUAUGAGAUAUAAUGCAUGUUUCUUAUUGUAUUCAUUCAAACUGUAGAUAUGGCGUAGUAAUAAUAAAGGAAGACAAGCCGAGGUGGAGUGUGGUGGCUUCUCCCACGAGUCCAGGUUUAUGCUCAGAUGCUGAUUUUGGUGCUAAAUUAUG